CACACACACACAAAUACCAGCAUGUCAUGUUCCACACCAUUUAAGAUGAGAUUAGUUCAUUUAGACCUUAAGGGAGCGCCACCAAAGGUUUCAUAUCUCUCUGAGGUUUUUCCCCUGUUCCAUGCACUCGGUGCAAAUGGCCUCCUCAUUGAGUAUGAAGACAUGUUUCCCUAUGAGGGUCACCUUAGGCUGCUGAGAGCCAAGCAUGCAUACAGCCCCUCUGAGGUUACUGAGAUCCUGCGCCUGGCCAGACUCAAUGAGCUGGAAGUUGUUCCCUUGGUGCAGACAUUCGGGCACAUGGAGUUUGUGCUAAAGCACGCAGCUUUUGCACAUCUCCGUGAAGUGGCUCUCUUCCCCAACACCCUGAACCCUCAUGAGGCUGAGUCUCUGACAUUGGUAAAAGACAUGAUUGACCAGAUUAUGGAGCUACACAAGGGUGUCCCGUGGCUCCACAUUGGCUGUGAUGAGGUCUACUACUUGGGCGAGGGAGAGACCUCAAAACAGUGGCUACAGCAGGAACAGAACAGCCAGGCAAAGUUGUGUCUGUCCCACAUUCAGGCGGUAGCCAGCCAUGUGCUGGCACAGCACCCUGGCACAACACCUUUGGUGUGGGAUGACAUGCUUCGGGACAUCCCCCAGGAACAGCUAAAAGCAUCUAGGGUGCCUCAACUGGUGGAGCCUGUGCUCUGGGACUAUGGAGCUGACCUGGAUGUCCACAGCAAAAUCUUCCUCAUGGGAAAGUACCAGGAGUGUGGCUUCCAGAGGCUGUGGGCUGCCAGUGCCUUCAAGGGUGCCACAGGGGCUAGUCAGGCCCUACCCCCUGUUGAGCACCACAUUAGAAACCAUGAGCAGUGGCUACAGGUGGCAGGCGGUGGGCCAGUGGAUACUCUGCAAGGAAUCAUCUUGACUGGCUGGCAGAGGUAUGACCACUUCUCUGUGCUGUGUGAGCUGCUCCCUGUGGGAAUCCCAUCCCUGGCUGCCUGUCUACAGUCACUUGUACACGGCGGCUUUGGUGAAGACGUUAAGCUGAGAGUGGAACACUUCCUUGGGGUUUCAAGCCUGGAAACAAUGGAUGCUGUGAGUGAAGGAGCUGGCUCCUUCCCUGGCAGUGACAUCCAUGCCCUCGUCACACAAAUUAGUCUCCACCUGCGCAACUCUGUGGAUACGCUUCUGGAAAGGAACAGGUUUGUCACUGGCUGGUUCAGCCCCUACCAUCGCAGGAGGAAGCUUAUUCAUCCAGUUAUGAUCCAGCACAUACAGCCAGAGGCACUCAGCCUUCUGAGCAAGUGGAGCAACCUUGUACAGCAGUUGGAGGCGGCCUUGCAGCUGGCCUUCUACCCGGACACCAUAGAGGAGUGGCUGGAGGAGAAUGUGCUCCCGAGUAUGCAGCGACUGCAGGGUCUACUGCAGGACCUGGGUGAGGCAGCUGUCCAACUGCCACCACCCACCAGCCCAGGCUGGGACACAGGCCAGAACCCCUGAGGGUUGGAGCCCUGGAUAUCAGCCCAGAUAGCACCAAGAUUCCCGCCUCAGUGCCCAGCCAUAUGGGGGCUCUGGACAGACUGCUCCCAGAGUACAUAAAGGGUUACCUUGGGCAAAGCAGAAAACAGAAAAAGGCACAUGGAGACUCAUUUGCAAUCUGCAUGUACAGCUUUAUUAAUUAUGAAUUAAAAAGACCAGUAGAAGCAAAAA